GAGUCAGCCAUGCUUAUUGGUCUGACUAUCAUGACAGAACUCUCCAACAAUCCCAAUCAGAAGUCCAAAGUCUGCGCAAUCAACUUGCCCGUCUAGAAUUUAGUAGACGAGACAAAGGGAAAGGCAAAGCAAGGGUCACGGAUUACACUUCAGAGAACGAUUCUCUACGUCACAAUCCGCUGCCAGCCCCCCCUAUGGCUAUUACUAUGGAAAGAUACGCCACAGUCGCAGGGGAUAUACGUAGUUCGUCUGUCGAAGCUGAACAGGUCGCUGCAGCAAUAGAGGCAUCUAUACAUGAUCGUCGAGGCUGGGAUGGGUCCUCAUCCGACCUUGCAACUUCAUCAGCUGGCGCAGGCUCUUCCCGUCCACGAGACACCAACGGUCUUGUCGCCCCCGGCCUUGCCAGUGCUAUGCCACACACUCCCGAAGUCGUUGUGUCUUCUCAACAUUACAUGGAGCCUCCUGCUAACUACGUACCCAUUCCAAAUUACCCUCUACCCAUCCCUCCACUAACAUCUCGUCCGCGUCGAUCUUCUCGACUAGAAGCACUUCCCGUCGUACUUGACGCUGCCGUUUCUCAGGCGCAACAAUAUGCAUCGCGCUCUUCGCCGUCUAGAAGACACAGAAUCGUUCCAGGCGCUGCCGAAAAUGACAGAAUCUAUGUUCCGCCCGGUGCCAGCCAACACUGGUCUCAAGCCGGCUCACAGACGACAUACGUCAAUGGGUAUGCCUCAUCUUCCAUUCCUCCACCAGCCAGUGCCCCAGUAGAGGACUUAUCCCGCAAACACCGUCGUCGACACAAGUCAAAAUCGAGAACGCGUCGUAGAGAAGAGCAUCUGAGUGGUGGAAGAGAAGAUAUAGCUGGUGUCACUGGUUUAGGGUUGAUAGAUGAGUCCUUCGAGGAGAGGCGUGCAGUUGAUCCCCAAGCGGCUUUUGCCAGCGGGUACACGGAGGGAUUGAACAGUGGAUUCAGCGCGAGAGCAAGAACAACUCCUGGCCCCCCAGUCUCUGCUCCACUUCCUCGGUCAGUGAGAUUCAAUGGCGCGACUGAAUCCGCAAUACCUCCUGCUACCGCCUCUGCAAGCACUUCCAAUGGAGACCAGCAGGCAUUGAGACGAGGCACGACGACAACACAGCCCACAACACAAAGCAUCACCCCAGAAAGCCUCGCCAAUCGGCUCCGCGACUUGAUGGAAGACCCCCUUCGUUCAUCAUCCCAAGCCCAAGCCCAACAUUUUGCUAACAACCGAGCUUCCGCUGUCCCUAGCGAGACGCCCACUUGGGGUACAGUAACGACCGCUAAUUCAUCCCGAAGACAAUCCAAUGCAAGUGACGUGAUGGCUAAUCUGCGCGGGUUUCCUGAGCAUGCGCAUCAUUCGAGUCGCGCGAGUCUUGCAUCCUCUCAGGAGAUACCGGUGGGUGAUCCCAGAGCAUUCCUGCCUGUUAUUCCUGUAAAUGCAAACAACCCGAAUCGACCAUCUGCAGUUGGGACAAAUGAAGUGGCGGGUUUCUCAGCCCCUGUCGUUAGUUCUUCUGCUAGAUCCGACGUACAAACGAACAACCACGCAAUCACGCAUCAUGACUCCGAAACACCGACUGCCUCCCGCGCUGCUCCUCGUGGUAAUGUCAGUCAAGUCAGUCAAUCUGCUGGGACGGGGAAUACUAGACCAGUAAAUCAGCGAUACACCUCCCUUCCUGUCAACACUGUCAACACGACGCCUCGCGACAACACCCGCAACUAUGAUCAUGCUCGUGGUCAUCGUCCUCAGUUUUUGCGCCCUAUCCCAACCUCCAAUCUCAAUUCCAACCCCCUACCUACACUACCUAAUUUCGGUUAUCCUUCUUCCGCACUGGCUAGUGCUCCCCAUCGUCCAGCCUUUCCAGAAUACAACUCGGCACCUGCAAUUCCUAUGGCACCUGUGACACAUGUGGCGCCUAACGGUGGCUCUGUCAGCGGCCCUAGCCGUGCAAGUCGUGACUCUAACUCCCAGACUCCUCAUAGUCCUCCUCCCGGAGAUGUCAACGCCCUAGGCUUAGACUUGAACGAAGUUGGCGACUACGAUGACGGCCGCGGUUAUGAGCCUGAGCCUAUCCCGGCUUUCGCUGCACCCACGCCAAGGGCCUCUCACAAUCUGUUUUUAAGGUCGUUCAGUUUUGAUCAUGACGGGAACGAAGUGGACGGGACUUUGUAUAGAUGAAGAAUUAAUCCAGUUGUAGCUGGUUUCUUUCCUUUAUGCUUUUCUCUCUACUGCCUGAGAGCCUGUCAUCUACGAUUAAUCAUAUUGUGAGUGAGUCAGCUCACGGGGUUGUCGCUACUAGAUGCAGGCAUCUCUAGCUGAGACUGGGCUCCUUCUCCAGCGGUAGAUGAUUCUUUUCUUGCUUUCGAUCUGCUGUGCAUACAAUACAUAUAACUUGGCUUA